AUGUUCAAGAAAGAUGUCUCCCCAGGGGCCAAGUCCAAGGUCAAGUCCUCCGCCCAACGCGCCAUCCGCGCCAAAGUGCUCGAGACGUAUCCCCUACUCGCCCCCUACAUCGACGACAUCCUGCCCAAGAAGGAGCAGCUCGACCUUGUCAAGGUGCCCGACCGUGUCAGCGUGUACAGCCUCAACGGCCAGCCCUUGCUCUGGCAGCACAUGGACGACAAAAUCAUCCCCCACCUGAAGAUUGUGCAGCAGUAUCCCUGGUGUUUCCAGCGCGUGCGCAUCGAUCGUGGAGGAGUUCGCUUCGUGUUGAGUGGAGCGACACUGAUGGUCCCCGGCUUGACGAGCGCGGGUGGGAGAUUACCGGGCGACGAGGACGCGGGGCCAGAGUAUGGCAAUGACGGAAAGGAACUCGAGGCGGGGGAAGUGGUGGCCGUUCAUGCGGAGGGCAAAGAGCACGCAUGCAUGAUUGGCAUCUUGAAGAUGGGCACGAAAGAGAUGAAGGAGAAGAAGAAGGGUGUGGCGAUUGAAAACGGCCAUUACGCGGGAGACGGCCUAUGGAAGCUGGACUUGAGUUGA